ACGCCCCGGGCAUCCAGAGCAUCCCUAGUGUCUGGAGCAUCCCUAGUAUCCGGAGCAUCCUGGGAACUGGAACAUCCUGGGGACCGGAGCAUCCCAGGAACUGGAGCAUCCCUAGUAUCCGGAGCAUCCCGGGGACCGGAGCAUCCUGGGGAGCAGAGCAUCCCAGGAACUGGAGCAUCCCUAGUAUCCAGAGCAUCCCGGGGACCAGAGCAUCCCAGGAACUGGAGCAUCCCUAGUAUCUGGAGCAUCCCGGGGACUGGAGCAUCCUGGGGAGCAGAGCAUCCCAGGAACUGGAGCAUCUCCAGUAUCCGGAGCAUCCCGGGGACCGGAGCAUCCUGGGGAGCAGAGCAUCCCAGGAACUGGAGCAUCCCUAGUAUCCAGAGCAUCCCGGGGACCAGAGCAUCCCAGGAACUGGAGCAUCUCCAGUAUCCGGAGCAUCCCGGGGACCGGAGCAUCCUGGGGAGCAGAGCUGCAGGGAUCCAGAGCAUCCCGGACAUCCCAAGCACUGCAGCUCCCCGAGCGUGGUGGCAUCUCGAGCGUUCCUGGUGUCCUCCCAGCAUCCAGAAUCGUCAGGCAGGGACAUCUGAGCGUGGGGGAAUUUGCAGGGAUGAGGAAACAUCUGGCUGUGAGUAACGGGGAGGGAAACCUUGUUCUUGCUGAUCGGCUCCUGGGAAUGUCACUCCGCCCGGACUGCCAGUGAGGGGGGGGGAGGAGAGGAGGAGGAAGGAGGACACAGCGAGAGCCGGUACUUCUCCGGCGAUGAUCACCUAGCUCGGGCCACGGGCCGAGAAGGCGCCGCCGGCUCCGCAGCCAGCCCUGCCGCCUGGCUCCCCAUGGAGGGCGACGCGGGGGCCCCCAACGCCAGCGCGCUGGGGGAGCGCUCGCUGCUGGCGGGGAGCAGCUGGCUGGCCGCUUUCCUCUGCUUCAUCAUCCUGCUGACCACGGCGGGCAACUUCCUCCUCAUCCUCCUCAUCGUCACCCAGCGCUCGCUGCGCAACACCUCCAACUACUUCCUGGUGUCCCUCUUCAUGUCCGACCUCAUGGUGGGGCUGGUGGUCAUGCCCCCGGCCAUGCUCAACCAGCUCUACGGCCGCUGGGUGCUCCGGGGCGACUUCUGCUCCCUCUGGUACUCUUUCGACGUCAUGUGCUGCAGCGCCUCCAUCCUCAACCUCUGCGUCAUCAGCUUGGACCGCUACCUGCUCAUCAUCUGCCCCCUCAAAUACAAGCUGCGCAUGACCUCCUGCCGGGCCCUCUGGCUCAUCGUGGCCACCUGGACCUUGGCCGCCCUGGCCUCCUUCCUGCCCAUCAAGAUGGGGUGGCACGAGCUGGAGUUUGAGGUCCGGCCCCCGAACGUCACCUCCCGGGGAGAAGAAGACCAGUGCCGGCUGCUGGUCAGCUUGCCCUACGCCCUGGUGGCCUCCUGCCUGACCUUCUUCCUCCCGUCCGCCGCCAUCUCCUUCACCUACUGCCGCAUCCUCCUGGCCGCCCGCAAGCAAGCGGUGCAGGUGGCUUCCCUCGCCUCCAACGUGGCCGCCGCCGCCGAGCCCGUGGCGCAGGAGUCGCAGCAGCGAAUGCCGCUCGCCCCGGCCUCCCCGGCGCAGGUUUCCCGCACGCCGAGCCAGGCGGCGGCCGCCGGCGAGGGCAGGAGGUUGGCCAACAAGCACAGCAAGAAGGUGCUGAAGGCCAGCCUGACGCUGGGCAUCCUCCUGGGCAUGUUCUUCGUGGCCUGGCUGCCCUUCUUUGUCGCCAACGUGACGCAGGCUGUCUGCGGCUGCGUCCCGGCGGGCUUCUUCGACGUGCUCACCUGGCUCGGCUACUGCAACAGCACCAUGAACCCCAUCAUCUACCCGCUCUUCAUGCGGGACUUCAAGAGGGCCAUGGGCAAAUACCUGCCCUGCUGCCGGCGCUCGGGGGAGCCCCGGCCCAGCGCCGUCUCCCUCUCGGUGAGGAACUCCAACAGCGGGCCCCGGGCGGCCGCGUCCCUCAAGAACGUCCUCACCUUGCAGGCCGAGACCGACUCCGUCGAGUCCGCCGCUCCCACGGACGAGCACGGCUCGCUGCCGGCCGGCCCCGGCCUCCCGACCUCCGGCGCCCGCCCGAGGAGCCUCUUCGAGGGGGAGCCCGCGGACGGGCAGCCGUGGGGCGCCCGGCUCGGCACCCCCGUGGCCUGAGCGCGCCGCCCCCCGGAGCCUUCUGGAUAUUCAGCGACGCGGUGGGCGUCCAACGUGUCUGCGGCUGUACGGGUAACCCGACAGCAGUAAGUAAUGAAAUCAGCCUCCCGUUAGCUUUCAUCCUACAGCUUCUUAUUUUUGGCGCGAGACCAGCGGGCUUUGCUCCGGCAACCCGUCAGUUUUUAGAGCGUGCGAUCAGAAAACAAACAGUUUCUUGUCACAAGAAUCGAAGCGAACGCUUGAACGGGGCCAAAAGCCCCCUGCCCCUGCUCGCGGCCACAGAGGCUUUUAGCAAAUUCUCCCUCAAGUGCCUUGGCGGUGCGGAGCCGGGGUGGUAGUUUCUCGCCGUGCCCUCGCUGGAUUCCUGUCCUACAACCCCGCCACGUUACCCACCCGCGCUCGAGACCAGAACAAGCGUUUUUACGCCCCGCUCGGCCUUUAUUCGCUACAACCCCCCUCGCAGCAGACGGCCGGCCCAGCGGUCAGCGAUACGCCACCACGGUAAACGGCGGACUCAUCACAAGCUCCAAUAGCGAAUAGGUUUCAUCCAUCUUCUCCACGUGUCUGUGGCCAACAUGUAUUUAGCUUGGUUUUAGCAUCAAGCGUGAAAAUAAACACGCACAUCUUUCCACAAAUAUAAAAACAGACUUUGGCUACAACUCCGGGUAAACAGGGUGGACAAACAGAUUGGGGCCGAGCCCCCCUCCGGGGCAGGGCCGGGCACGCGGACGCAACCAGAAGGUGCGAUCACCGUACUUGCCCCCUCCUGAGUUAAUGAGACUUUCUAGAUCUGGAUGUGGGAAGGUAUUUUUACCAACUAGCGCUUGUUUUAAGCCAGUAAAACUUGGAGGUGUUCUCAGCAGGGGGCUUAUCCUCUUGCCACGUUCCUGCUAAGUUGCGUUUUCUUGGGUUGAGCAGCAAAAGAGCCUUUUAUGGAAGAGGUGGAUCAGUCCCAAACGGCUUUGGAAGACUGAGCCUGGCAGGGAACGUUAAGCAAGGUCCCUCCGGUUCGAGCGGGUGCCAACUCACUGUCACGGAAGGAGGCAGAAAUCAAACAGAUUUAUGUUUAUCCUCUGCCAAGCAUUAGUUUAAUUUUAAGCCAAUUAAAAAAAAAAAAAAAAACGCAGCCAGGGGCGGCUUUUAAGGCUGGAGACAUGUAGGGGACGCGGAACGAAAGUCUCUGUGGGUUGCUGGCUUGCAAAGCCCGGGAGGAAGUUUCACGAAGUAAUAAAUCAUAAAAAGCCCAGUCCGUUUCCUCCUCUGUCUUUCACCUAGAAACUCAAAGCACGUUUCUAGCAGUAACGAGGCCUCUGCCACUCGUUGCCCGCAGCUCGCAGACAGGGAAGCGGGCGUGCUGCCUGGAAAG